AUGAAAACUCUCAUCUGCCUAGAACAAACGCAUCUCUACAUCACAAAACCUGUACCAUUGAAAAAAAGGAACCCAAACUUCCAUCCAACAACCAUAAAAGAUCCAUAUUUCUAUACAAGAGCAUGGAAGCUACAUGCCGAAGCAAAAGGCUUUGGAGGGGCACCAGCUAAUACAAAGAAGCAGCAGAUUAUACGUAAAGAAACUGUCGACAGAAAAAACUUUGGAAGGAACAAUGGCGAUGACGGUGACGAUGAGAAGAUACCAGAUGUGGUGUUCGACAGAAUGAUUGUUAGAAUCUUGAUUUAUGUGGGUGUCCCUUUGGUCACUGGACUUGCCUUUCUACAGAUGUUUAACGUUGUGAAGGAACAACACUUGUGGGAUGUGCCAGUUUGGUUGCCUUUCUUGACAACUUUUGUCACUUUUGGUGCUUCAACGCUUGGAAUUGCUUAUGGCACUCUGUCUACAAGUUGGGAUCCAGAGAAAAAAGGUUCAGUUCUUGGGUUUGAAGAGGCUCAAGAAAAUUGGGUUGAGAUGUGGAGAGGAGAAGACGAUGGAAGCAAUGAGUGA